AUGGAUUUCGAACCUCCAUUUCAAGGAGCCUGCAAGAACUUCUUACAAAAUUCCCCCAUAAUUAACAAAUUUCCAGAGGUUGAGGAAUGUGAGCUACCUGUGAUCGAUCUUAGCCAUCUGGGUUAUGAUGACAUAAACAGAGACAAGUGUACGAACAAGAUUGCUGAAGCUGCAAGGCAGUGGGGUUUCUUCCUUGUUGUGAAUCAUGGGAUUUCACCAGAAGUUCUGAACAGCAUACGAGAUGAGCAAAAGAAGCUGUUUCAUCAGCCUUUCGAUAAAAAGAUAGAACAAACAUAUUUGAAUCUAUCUCCCCUUAGUUAUCGUUGGGGGAAUCCAAAAGCCACUUGUGUCCAGCAAUUUUCAUGGUCGGAAGCCUUUCAUAUUUCUAUGGCGGACAUUCCAAGCAUGAAUGAACAGCACAAGAGACUUAGGUCGACGAUUAAAGCAUACGUGAAGAAUGUGUCUCAUCUAGCUGAAUGCUUAGCUGAAAUAUUAGCUCAGCGUUUGGGUGUUGAAUCCAGUUAUGUUAAAGAUCAUUGUCCACCAGGAACUAAUUUUCUUCGACUAAAUAGAUAUGCUCCCUGUCCAUUUUCUUCCGAAGUCUUUGGUCUCUUGGCUCACACAGAUACCGCUUUUCUAACAAUAGUUCAGCAAGACCAAGUUGGAGGUUUGCAAUUGUUUAAAGAUGGAAGAUGGAUCGGAGUAAAACCUAAUCCUGAAGCUUUGGUUGUCAACAUUGGUGAUCUUUUUGAGGCCAUGAGCAACGGUGUUUACAAGAGCAUCAGGCACAGGGUGAUCACCAAUCAAAAAGUUGAAAGGUUUUCUGUGGCAUACUUCUACUGCCCCUCCCUGGAUACCGUGAUACAGAGUCGCAGUACUACUGAACCAGCUGUGUUUAAGAGCUUCACUUUGCGGGAAUAUAAACAACAAACUGAAAAGGAUGUUCGCGAACUUGGGGAAAAAGUAGGGCUCUCCAGAUUUCUCCUUUGAUGAAGUUUCUUCUGGGUUCUGAUAACCAAAGCAUGUUCGCACCAGUCUAUACUCGCCUACUUGGGCUGAAUUUUUAUAUAUUUCAUUUCUUUGGUA